CCCUCAAUUAUCCAGUGUCAUUUUCUGCUUUCUUGAGCUGUUUGGUUUACAAAAAUUUAGGUAGGAAUCGGCAUAAGAUUAAAUCUUAUUUGACAGAAAAUUCCAUUAUCGCCAAAAAUUUCAAUCAAUAGGCGCCAAACAUUUCAAUCAAUAGGCGCCAAAAUUGGAGAAGUAAAGGGAAAAACACAAACGUAACAAGGAUUCGAGCUCUCUCUAGACGAUGCAAGCCAAAAUCAAUUCUUUCUUCAAGCCCUCCUCUUCUUCUUCUAUCGCUGCCUCAGUAACAACAGACACAGACGAUGGUUUAGCUGUCUGGGAGAACAAUCGGAACGCCAUCGUCAACACCUACCAGCGUCGAUCUGCGAUUACCGAAAGAAGUGAAGUGCUUAAAGGAUGCAUCGAAAAGACGCUGAAGAAAGGAUCUUCUUCUGUACCUAAAAAUCACAAAAAGAAGCGUAAUUAUACACAAUUCCACUUAGAGUUGGGCCAAUCUGAUUUUCUUCUCAGACAUUGCGCAGAAUGUGGAGCUAAGUAUGCUCCUGGAGAUGAAUUAGAUGAGAAGAACCAUCAAAGUUUUCACAAGGACUAUAUGUAUGGACUCCCUUUUAAGGGUUGGCAGAACGAGAAAGCGUUUACAUCACCUUUGUUCAUCAAGAACCGCAUCGUUAUGGUAUCAGAAAAUGAUUCCCCUGCACACAGAAACAAGGUGCAAGAGGUUGUGAAAAUGAUGGAGGUUGAGUUGGGUGAGGAUUGGAUUCUUCACCAACAUUGUAAGGUUUAUCUAUUCAUAUCCUCUCAGAGGAUCUCUGGAUGUCUAGUUGCUGAACCAAUUAAGGAAGCAUUUAAGCUCAUAGCUUCUCCUGAUGAUGAAAGACAGUUACAAAAAGAGAGCUCAUCCUCGCCUUCAACCUCCAUUCAGUUUGGAAACAUUGUUCUACAAAGAGAGGUAUCGAAAAGAUGUCGAACAUCAGAUGAUAGAUUAGAUAACGGAGUCAUUGUAUGUGAAGAAGAAGCUAAACCAGCUGUUUGUGGGAUUAGAGCGAUUUGGGUCUCACCUUCUAAUAGAAGAAAAGGCAUAGCCACAUGGUUACUCGAUACCACGAGGGAAAGCUUUUGCAACAAUGGGUGCAUGCUGGAGAAAUCUCAGUUAGCAUUUUCACAACCAAGCUCCAUAGGAAGAUCUUUUGGAUCUAAAUAUUUUGGAACUUGUUCAUUCUUACUUUACAAAGCUCAGCUAAUUGAUACUCACUUUUCUUAAACGGCAUAGGUUUCAUCACAUCACAACCAUCAUCUUCACUGUUACUCCUAUUUGUCU